AUGAAGUGUUUAAGUGAUUCAUCAUGGGAAGAGAAAGCAUUUGCAGAAGAUGCAGCGAGGUGUUCGAGGGGAUACGUAUGGCCUCCUCGGUCAUACUCCUGCACUUUUUGCGGUCGAGAAUUCAGGUCGGCUCAAGCGCUCGGCGGGCAUAUGAAUGUUCAUAGAAGAGAUAGAGCUAAGCUCAAACAAUCCAUUUAUGAUCAUCAUUCCAUUGAUGAUCAUUCUACUGCGAAAAGGUCUUUCGGUGAUAUGAUUUCAGGUUCUGUUGAAACCAGUUUGUCUGUCGGAUUGAGCAGUGCUUCUGUCUUGUUCCAAAACCAACAGACUGCGGGUUGUUGUAAUAAGGAAGCAGUCGACAACAAACGACCAAAGGUCGCUGUUUCAGCAUGGCGAUAUUCUCCUCUCCAAUGGCGGGUUCUUGAACUUAAGCCUGCAGGCUCCAUUGAAGGGUUGGACCUUGAGCUCAGGCUCGGUGUUCUAUAA